CUACUUUUCGGGAAUGUAUCGUAAUUGCCGUAUGACUUGUCAAGAGUGCGAAUGUCAACGAAAACAAAGUUGGGAAAAAUGUGGCGUAGUAAUGCGACGUUUAUCGUGCUCUCGUUAUUUUUGAUAUUCUUCUGCGACACGACGUCAUCAGAAUGCGUGCAGGAGGCACCUUGCACUUGCUCGUUGCCGGACGGUUAUUAUUACAAUUUGACCGCCUUAGCUAACGCAAAGUCAUUCUCAGAUAAAAAGUUUAAUUAUAUAGUCUACUUUCAUCCAUGCGCAAAUGUAAAUAUGACGAUAGAGAAUAAUGUAAAUUGUUCUACGGGAAAUGUAUCACUAUGUUUACUGCAAGAUAGUGUCAAUAAAACGGUAUUAAUUACUGGGACAAUAGAAGAAACAAAAAUGAAAUUAUCGGAUACAGGCAAAUUUCCAAUUUUUGAAAUACACCAUAAUAACAUUAAGAUGAUAAUAAACAUUUUAUGCUUUACGGAUGAAAAAACGAAUUUUAUACUUGAUUCUGAUCCGACUAACGUUAAAACAUACUAUUUUAAGCUGAUUUCGAAAUACGGAUGUUCAUUACAACGAGAAAUAGGAUUAUCUACGGGUUCCCUUUUAGUUAUCUUGUUCUUUGUCAGCGUUGGUGUAUAUUUCAUUGGUGGUAUCAUAGUGCUGAAAGCAUUGAGGGGAGCUACAGGCUGGGAGAUGGUGCCUAAUCAUGAUUUCUGGUGCAAACUUCCUUCGCUAGUCAGAGACGGCGUCGUCUUUACCUUCAAUUGUUGUCGAGCGGACAGUUACGAGAGAAUAUAAUACAUUUUUGUUAAACUGAUCCGAUUUCAUAUUUAUUAAGCGCCCAA